CUUGUUAUCAGCAUACGAUAACGGUCUGCGAUUGUUCGGGCUCCGUCAACAGUGCUGGCUGACGCUCCAACGGUGUUUUUCCAGUUGAGUUGUGGGUGGUGUUAGGAAGGGUUAGAAAGAACAAGAGUGUAAACACAAUCCAGAUAAACAGUUUGAUACAGCUCAAACGUGACGUUAUGUAAAGAGUCCACGUGACCCUGCGCGAGAGGAACGUUUGACGGAACAGCUGACGGAGGACGGGUCACCACAGAAACGCUUUUCGGAUCAAAAAUAACUGCGCUGUUUCCACUACGACCGUACCCAUUUGGAGGAACCAUGGCUUCAGCGAAAUGCUCGAGAUAUUCCCUGUACUGGGAGGAGACUGAGUGCCUGAGCUACUAUGAGAUGCUGUCCCUCCAUGAGAUCUGUGAAAUCGUGGGCUCCCAACUCACAGAGACUGAUGUCGAGGUUUUGUCCUUUCUCCUCGAUGAAGCUUAUCCUGGAAAACAUCCCCUCGAUCCAGAGGGAUGGACAGAUGAGUUGCCUCCAGGUCCUGAUGGAUCUUCACAGGGUAAUUCUCCAUGUCCUUGGCUUCUGAAAACAUGGCGAAGAAUACAGCCGCAGAAUGAGCCGUGCCCAAUCGCCGGUUGCCACAGACCCAAGAGUGGCGUUGAACUGCUGUUGGAGUUGGAGAGGCGAGGAUACUUGAGCGAAGCAAACCUCAAACCUUUAUUGCAGUUGCUGCGAAUUCUGACACGACAUGAUGUCCUGCCAUUUGUCUCACAAAAGAAAAGAAGAACAGUGUCGCCAGUGCGAGAGAUGGUAGAAUACCAAGCGGUGGAUACCAGAGGGGACACACAAUUCAGCUCAAACUCAGAUGUACCAUCAUUGGAAAACACACAAGACCACCAGUGGAGAGCGGGGACUGGCUCUUCCGUGACAACAACCAGCCCGGUCCGACGGAAGCGAGGUAGAGGUCACCACUGGAGCAGAAAAUCUAGGGGCAAGCCUGAAAUCCAGCCUCAGCCAACACCCAACAAAGUGACCUGUGAUGUCCGGCUACGUGUGCGUGCGGAGUAUUCAGAGCACGAGUCAGCCCUUCGUGGAGGAGUUUCUUCAGACAAGCAGCAGCCGUUGGAGAGGCAAUUUGAACUGUUCAACCGAGCGAGCAUGCUGCUCCGUACCCGGGAUCUGGGCUCUAUUGUUUGUGAUAUCAAGUUCUCGGAACUUGCCAACCUGGAUGCCUUCUGGGCAGACUAUCUGAGUGGGGCGCUGCUCGAGGCACUGAAAGGAGUCUUCAUCACAGACUCUUUGAAAAGGGCAGCGGGGCAGGAGGGGGUCCGGCUGCUUGUCAGUGUGGAUCAGGAUGACUACGAGGAGGGCAGGAAACUGUUGCUCAGAAGCCAGACACAUAAUGGGACAAACUGGGGAACACAAAGUCUGCCCUGAGAAAUGUCAGUUUCACUUGGGACCUUCAACUAUGAUGGACGAAGAUGAUGUUUUGCCUUUUUAUUUCAUUGAGUGUUGGUGACCCUGGGAAGGAGAGCCUGUUGGAAGAGUCUAGAUUAAACUGGGCAGCCGUUUUGUUGGACACUGACUGUUUCUGAAGGAAAAAUUAUUGAGUUUUCAGAGGUUGGGUUCAAAUAUAGGGCUGUCUCUCUCUCUACUGCAGGUCAGUUUAAACAUGGACAAAUGCACACCCAUAGAAAACAAAAGAUGGAGGUUCUGCAUCUGUACCACUUAGUCUGCCACAGGUGGUAUGUGGAUAGAAGUUUUUUCCAAAUGUGAUGACAUACAAUGAACCACUGAAUUCAAGUUAUGUGUUUAACUUUGUUUGGGAAAUUUAAAAUGACCUCUUUGAUAAAAGAUAGGAAUGAUUGGAAUACACAACAAAUAUGUAACCCAAAAGGAUAUACAAAUCAAAGAAUGAUUUAUAAACAUCCAAAUGUAUAGUUAACAAAAAGAUUGUUAGGAUUUUUAUUUUAUUUGAAAAGGUUUUGAAAGAUUGAAUGGUAACUUAAUUCUUAGGAGUUUGGGCUGGUAACAAUGCUUCAGAUGACCAAAUGUACACUUCCACCAUUGGACCGUUUAAUAUGUUGUGUAACUUAACUUCUCCAGAGUGCACUGUUGUACUGCUUAUAAGAGUCAACUUAGAUAACAUUGGAAAUCCUUCAUACAGUAUCUGACUGGAACAAAUCUAUCAAAGUUGCCAAAUUUGAAGCUUUAUUGAGGAUGGGGAAAUACCACAAGAUGGAACCGAGAUUAACUCUGCUUUUUUACAACAAGGACUUUCUACAGUGUGCACCACUGUGAGAUUACAUGUGUCCCACCAUCUGUCCCAACAUUAUUUGUCUCAGAAACAAGGUCAUGGAUCAUCAAGGCCUUUGGAUGCCUUUGUAAACUGAUGAUAGAAAAAUUGUUAAUUAUAAUUAGAUGCCCACUGAUUUGACACCAGCCUUAACACAACUGGAUUAACCUCUAGUCAUGUUUCUGGACUAGUGUGUUCUUAUAAAGAAAGAAUGUGUUGACCCUUUGGUUAUAUUUGUACUCUUAUGACAAAAGUGCAAAGAAGAUAAAAGUUCAGUAGUAUUUAGUGGUAAUUCAGUUUGGAACAGUCCUGUCAUGACACCAAUGUAAGUGAAUUGGGAGUGGAACAUUGAACGCUUUUGUGUUUUCAUGUUUUUGUUUAAAAUUAUAUUACUUGAUAUUGUUUUGGAAUAUGUACAUUUAUUUAACUAUAUAAUCCCUAAUAAAGUCCU